CCGAAAUCAGGGCGUCCCAUUUCAAAAACUUUUAAGUUGUCGCUCUACUGGAUUACCAUGACUUUUCUUCCGGAUAGCACACAUAUGUUUGCCAUUAAUUAUUCUUAGUCUUAGAACAUAAAGAUGCUAUGAAUUCCACUUCACACUCUGUGGACUCCAGUGUUAUCCAAGCCAGUUUAUUUGGUCAGUAUAACAGGACUGGGGAUCCAACUAGCCUAUGGUGUGACGAAUCUUUGGAAAACCCAGACUCUAUAUUGGAUCAAUGCAAAUGCUACACAAGUACUCCAAGUUCCUUUUCCACUACUUCAGAGAGCACAUCUUAUUCGCGUGAUCUUUAUGUUACGUCUAGACUACGUAGUCGAUCUGAAGAAAAAAACUGCAAAUCAGAGCAUUCUUUUCAUCCGUCUCAUUCCGUAAUCAAUUAUUUAAAAUUAAACAAACUAUCUAACAAAAUGUGUCCUGGUUGUGUUCCUUGUUCUUCUUCUGAUGACAAACUCCGAUUCAGUGUAUAUUCCGAAGAAAAAGACGAUUUGAAUGUCACCCCAAAGGACUUCCAGCAUGGUAACAAACUCAAGCGCAAGGAAAAUCAGUCGUUCAAAUCGAGUUCGUCGGUUUGCUAUAGCGAUGAUUCCGACUCAGUCCCUCCGGCGAUGGCUCUCAUAAAUGUAAAUCGACUUCAUACGCAAGCUUUGCAUCCAGAAUCAUUAAAUAAGAACAGAAUAAUUGCGACAAAUAAAAUUUUACAUGAUUUCAACAAUGAGCUCGAUUUCUCUGGAUCAAAAUUAUCAAAAACAUUUUUGAACACUUCUAGAAAAUCUCUUCCUGCAAUCCAUCUUGAUCGUGAUUUAGAAAUAAGCGGCAGUAGCGGUACCAGUAGUCUUUCUUAUACAGCUGUGAUUGUUAACGAGACGGAAUAUAUUCCACCGGAUAAACGCUCAGUGGCAUCUCCUGGCGAAUCUAAUGAGCAUUACUUAACCUCUCUACAUUUUGGGCAAACCGGUGCAUCUGCGAGAGAUUCUGGGUUAAGUUCACAUUCAAGCAAUUCUGUAAAUUAUUCCCCUAAUUCCCUUGUGCUCCCUCAUAAAAAAUUGGUUCCUGAAUGUAAAAAUAGUCUCUCUCCUACACCUCCACCAGUUCCAUGUCACGCUCCUCAAUCACAAGUUAUGGUUGCACUUACACAAAGAAAUGGAAAUAGUAUUUUAAAUGCAACCAAUUUAGUACCUUGUGAAACUGAUCUUACAAAGUGUACAUGCUCCAAAGGCCCAAGCAGUAAAGUGGCAGUGGAAAGAAUUCGUGGAACAACUAUCCGACUGCAUUCACACACAGGCGAAUCUAAAACUCUUUUAAAGUCAUAUUUCCCAAGAGAAAAUGAACAGAAUAAACAAAAUCCUAAUUCAUCUUUAUCACCUAUAUGGAAACGUAAAUCAAAUACAUUACAAUCAAUGAUUAAGGACAAAAUUCAACUCAUUGAAGAACAAAAUUAUUCAAAAUCAAUCCAAAUAACUAAAUCCAAAGGAGGUGGUGCUAACAAAAGAGAAGAAAAAGAUGAUGAUGAAGUAGAGAGAAAAGGGAAACAUUUAAUUAAUAAAGUUCAAUAUGAAAAUACUACUACUACUACCAAGAAUGAUAAUAAUCAUGACAGGAUACAUAAUUCCUGUCUACUUUUAAAUGAUUCAACUAAACAACAAGAUAUUUGUACAGCAUGUACAUUAAAUUGGCAAUUUUAUUUGUCACAACCAUGUAGUUACACAUUUAUAGAUAAUAUGGCUAAAUGUUAUCAUGAUGUGAAUAAUGCUUGGUAUUUUAUUAAACAUGAUUGUUUUCUAAAUUCUACUAUUAGAUUGUUUAAACAUGAUAGAUGUUUCAAUUGCCGUAAACAUAUUUAUGCUGUAGGCGUAAAUUUAUUUAAUAGAAAUCCAUUGAGAGGUCUGAAAUAUUUGGCAAGACAUAAUUUCUUAAACUUAUCUUCUAGUAAAGAAGUUUCCAAAUUUAUUCAAAAUAAUGCUGACUUAUGUCGUUCAAAAAUUGGAGCAUUUCUUGGUCUACCUCCUACUGAUGAGAUCAACCCAACGGAAGUUACAAUGAUUCUUCUGAAAUCCCUGAACAUUUCUGGUUUGGAAGUAGAUGAAGCUUUGCGAUUGGUUGUGCAUCGAUAUGGGAUGCCUGUGGAAUCUCAAGAAAUAGAUAGAUUAUUACAAUGUGUCACUGAAUAUUAUCACACAGUUCGAUGGUGUUCAGCAUCUGUUAAUUCGUCGGAUAUCUUUUCCAGUACUAAUGACCAUCAAUUAAAAUCUAUACCAGCUCCCCCUAUCUCUCCAGAUCAGCUAUCAUUAAUAUUUUACGCUAUUCUCUUACUGCAAACCAGUCUUCAUAAUGUAAAUGCAGCAAAAUCAAGUUUGGGCAAACAGAAUGUCAGUCAGUUUAUAAAAAAUGUACAUGAUCUUUUAUUAAAUCAACCAUCUUCAUCACCUUCACCAUCUUCUUUCAUGGCUAAAUCAAAGUCAAAGAUUGAAAAUGUUCAUCAUAACGGUUUGGUUGAUGAAAGUGGCAACAUGUUAACAAUUAGUAAUGAAUCCAUUCUGGACAAUGGAAAUAAUAUUAAUAAUAACAAAUCUUUUGAUAUAAAACAUGUAUUCUCAAAUCGUACAUUAACUGAAAUAUUUCAUCGUAUUAAAGUUAGACCAUUGGAACCAGGUUCAGAUCAAACAACAAUUGUCCGACAUAUAUCUAAAGCUAUAAGAAAUUUGCAAGAAGUUAAAAUUUUAAACAUUGAUGACAUUGAUAAUGAAUCUUUAUUCACGAAUAAUCCAUUUGAAUUAGUGGAACCACAUCGUCGAUUGGUUUGUUAUUGUACAGUGAUUCAUAUUAAUCAGAAUCAACCUCCUCAUAAAGAAACCAGUAUCCUACGACAUUUGUUUGUUUUUAAUGAUUUAAUUAUUAUUGCAAAAGAUACCUCUUCAAAACGUACUUCUGGUAGAAGAUUAGUUUUUGACAAGUCAAGAAAAAAUCAAUUAAAAAUAAAUGAUAAGAAGUUAUCACCAGGUCAAUAUGAUGACUUUCUUCGUCCACCAUUAGAUUUAUUGUAUACCGAUUGUGAUAAAAAAUUUAAAAUAAUGAAUACUGGAUCGAAUACACUUAGCUGUAUGCAACCAACUGUUGGUUGUGUACCUCAUAGAGUAGGAGGUGGAAGAGGAAGAAGAAGCAGAUCAAAAAAUGAACUUUAUAGUCGAAAGGCAGCUGAUUCUACUUCACAUUCCUAUACACGUCUUACUGCUUUAUAUGCUUUUUCAUUAUAUAGAUGUAAAAUUCGUCCUUUUAAAACUGAUGUGUAUCGUUAUGGAAUAGAAUUAUGGAAAUUUCCUAAGCCAAGAACAUCACAAACGACAUUGAUUAAUCAACAACCGGAACAAAUGAUUAUUAUUGCUGCACUUGAUAAAAAUGAUUAUGAAAAUUUAUUAAAUGAUUUAUAUCAAGCAUUAUGUGAAACAAAUCUUGUUGCAUUCGAACUAAAAUAAUAUACUUUCAAUGAAUUCAUUUCUUUGACUUCUAUCGUUAUAUGAUUACAUUUGUAUUUUUAUUUAUCACUACUUAUUUCUUAUAAACUACUCAAUUACUUUUACGUCAAAUAAUAUACAUAUAUAUAUCAAGUAUGUUUGCAUUCCUAAACGAUAUAUCUUCCUCAUGUCUCUCACUCUUCCACCUCCCUCUCACACAUAUACUCUCCCUCUCUCUCUCUCUCUCUACGUCUUUUUUUAUCUCAGAUGAUAUAAAUAAAAAAUAGUAAAAUCUUCAUUUGAUCCAUCAUAAUUUUCUUCACUGUUUCAACACAUAAUUACUGUUUUUUCACUUUUCUUCUAGUAAACUAAAUGUAUUCAGAUAUAUGUUUAUAUAAUAAUAAUAAUAUUUGGUUCUUUUUCUUUAUAACAACUAUUGAUUGAUUGUUUGUUUUUUUCAUUUUGUUCUACUUGAUUUUACUGUUCUAUUCUAUCGCUCCUCGAUCUGUCCUCCCUCUCUCUCACACACACACACACACAUAUACAUACACUCAUAUUAUUUGUUUUUUUUGUAACUAGUGUAGUCAUUCGUAAGUUUUGCUGUGUUUUUUUCUUUUUUCGAAGAAAAACAAUCAAUAAACUUUAUUUUUUAUUCAAGAUAGAAAAUGUCAUUGCAGCUAUGUCUUUUUUUUAUAAUGGACUAUAUUCUUUGAUUUAUUUAUGCAUUGUAGAAUGGGUUCCCCAUUUGUUUUUUUUGUUUCGUUUUUUUCAUUUCUUGUCAUUAUUGUUCAAAUGCCACAAUUUUCCUGACUAUUUUAUUUAUCUCUGAAUUUUUUUUCUCUAUUUUUUCUGUUUUUCUCGUUGUUGAAAAGAAAAAGAAAAAAACAUCUUUAAAAAAUAGUUCUAGAUUACUUUAGUUAGAAUAUAUAUAUAUAUAUAUAAAGUUUACUGUUCAAUAACUUUCAUUGAAUAUCAUAGUUCAAUAUUUAUAAUAAAAUGACAUUUCCCUAAUCACUUACCAAAAAUAAACACUAUUAUGAUUUAUUGACAACAUCAUGAUGAUGACGAUGAUGGUAACGGCUAGAUCAUCGAUUAGAGAUACAUUUUUCAAACUGUCAUCAUUUUUUUUUCAUCUAUACUUAGAUUCUGUUAAGAUUUCUUUUUUUUUUUAAAUCUUCUUUUACUAUAUUAGGUAUCAUUUUAGUCGUAAAGAUUAAUGAAUAAAAAUAUGAUUAUUCAGAUUUCAGAAUAUCUUCUGUGAUUAGAAUAUUUUUCUUUGUACAUCUUUCAUUGUAUCUUGUUAACUUCUAGUCAUCUUGUAUACAUAUUUUGUUUGCCAUGUUGAUUUAUUGAUUGGAAGAUAUUUAACUAUUCGAUACUACUGUGGUGAUAUAUAUUAAUAAUAAUAAUAAUUACUUUUAUUAUCAGAAGGGAUUUUGUGGAGAUUUAGUAUUUU